AGAACUAAGCGGCGCCAUUCGCGUACGUCUUACGUUAUUUUACGGACAGCACUUCCAUAGUGGCUGUCAAGUUUACGUGUUUAGCGUAAGAGCGCUACCUCUUGGCAGCAGGUGAGGUCAAAUGCAGAGGAAAGGAGCGGAAGAGCUUUGCUGACAGGUGGAGGAAAAUACUUGAGCUUUUAAGCUAAAAUGGAACAAUCGGACGAGUAUAAAAUGGCACUGACCGAGAGCCUCGCAAUAUGGCUGCAGACCUUCAACACUCCUGCACCCUGCACAGCAGUGGGGGAGCUGACCACAGGAGUGGCCAUAUCACAAGCACUGCAUCAAAUAGACCCAUCAUGGUUCACUGACGGAUGGCUCCUUCGUAUCAAACCAGAUGUUGAGGACAACUGGAGACUGAAGAUGAACAACCUGAAGAAGAUUCUUCAGAUGAUCGUUGAUUAUUAUAAUGAGGUCUUAGGCCAGGAGAUCGCAGAGUUCCUGGUGCCAGACGUGGCUCUGGUGGCAGAGCACUCAGACCCCAAAGAGCUGGGGAGGCUGCUGCAGCUCGUAUUGGGCUGUGCUGUCAGAUGUGAGCGUAAACAAGAAUACAUUCAGAUCAUCAUGACCCUGGAGGAGUCUGUGCAGCACGUUGUGAUGACAGCCAUCCAGGAGCUCAUGAGCAGAGAGAUCACAGCCCCGUUUGGAGCCGAACUGUCCGGGGACUUGGAUCAUCAGCUGAAAAAAGCCCUAGAGGAACUCACUGAACUUUUAGCGGACAAGGAAGCAUUAGCCCAGCGCUGUCAGGACCUGGACAUGCAGGUGGCUGUUCUUCAAGAGGAACGGAACAGCUUAUUGGCUGAGAACGAUGUCCUAACAGACCGAGCCAAUCAGCUGGACACAUUCGAUGACCCCAGCACCCCCUCAGGAAGGAAACACAACCAGCUGCAGCAACUGUUAGAGACGCUACAGGAGGAGACCUUCAGGCUGGAGGCGGCUAAGGAUGACUACAGGAUCCACUGUGAAGAGUUGGAGAAGCAGCUGAUCGAGGUUCAGCACCGCAAUGACGACCUCACCAGCCUGGCAGAAGAGUCUCGAGCACUGAAGGAUGAACUGGACGUUCUGAGGAACUGCUCUGAUCGGGUGGUGAUGCUGGAGGCCUCAGUGGACACAUACAAACGUAAGCUGGAGAAUCUUGGAGAUCUGAAGAGGCAGAUGAAGCUGCUGGAGGAGAAUAACAUGACCUAUAUGCAAAACACGGUCAGCUUGGAGGAAGAGCUGCGCAAGGCCAACGCUGCCCGCGCACAGCUGGAGACGUACAAGAGACAGGUCCAAGAGCUACACAGGAAGUUGUCUGAAGAGUCGCGGCGAGCAGACAACCUGGCCUACGAGAUGAAGAAAUUAGAAGAAAAGCACGAAACUGUGAUGAAGGAAAAAGAGAGGACCAUCAUAGAGAGGGACUCUCUGAAGGAGACCAACGAGGAGCUGCGAUGCACUCAGGCUCAGCAGGUCCAGCUCUCACAAGCAGGGAUUCUUCCUUCUUCCAGCCCCAGCCAUGAAAACCUGGCAGCUGAAUUAAUACCCAUAGAGUACAGAGAGAAGUUCAUCAGGCUGCAGCACGAGAACAAGAUGCUGAGAGUGCAGCAGGAGGAACUUGAGGGGGAGAAGAUCGCUGCACUGCAGGCCCAGCUGGAGGAGGCUCAUAAGACACGCAGUGAACUGGACACUGAGAACAGAUUGAGUGGAGAGCGGAUGAGUGAGCUGCAGCAGCAGGUGGAGGACCUCCAGAGGGCUCUGCAGAGUCAGGCAGCCAAACCUGAUGAUUCAAACCUGAAACGGAAACUUGAUGCCCACAUGGUCCAACUGAACGAGGCUCAGGACGAAAUCAUGAAGAAGAAAGAGCUGUUGGAGGACCUGCAGCCUGACAACACUCAGAAUUCCCUGAAGCUGGAUGAGCUGAUGGCUGCUCUGAAGAAGAAGGACGAUGACAUGAGGGCCAUGGAAGAGAGGUACAAGAUGUACCUGGAGAAAGCUCGCAUGUUAUAAGAGCACUGGAUCCAAAGCUUAAUCCAGCCACCGCUGAGAUCCAGGCUCUGAGGAACCAGUUGGCCGAUCGGGACAAACAGAUUCUCAACCUGGAACGUCUGUGUGAGCAGGCCAAACUGAGAGAGUACGAGGAGAAGCUGAUUGUCACUGCGUGGUACAACAAGAGUCUGGGCUUUCAGAAGCUGGCGAUGGAGGCCCGACUCGGCGGCUGCACCUCCUCCGUGUUGACCCCCGGACAUUCUUUCUUGUCGCAGCAGCGGCAGGUCUCAAACGCUCCCCGCCGGCCGCUCUCCAUCAGCGUGCCGGCUGCUACCUCCAAGUAACCGUGUCAUAGAGCCAAACGUCUCACCUUAAGUCAAACAGAAGAAUACUCUCACUCCCAACAGUGAGCACUCAAGUGACCUUAAACACAUCUGCUCUCAGCGCUCGGGAGGAGGUCACGAUCGAUCAAUGAGCACUUCAUUAUCAGACAAAACAUUAUGGGGUCACCUAACCGAGACUUUAGCUUACUGUACCACCAGACACUGACUGCAGGAGGACCGCUAUUCAACAGGAAUCCACAACCUGUGUUCACUUCACACAAGUUACACACACUGUCCCAACCUGUGGAGCAUAUUUCCCUUCUGCCAUGAUAAUAUGUAUAAUCAAUUUAGCCUUCAGUCUCCUGACAUGAUGUAUACUUGAACAGGAAUGACAGAAAUGUAAAUGAAUGCUUAGCUAUAUAAUUCAGAAUUGAAGCCCAAGAUAUAUGAAUGUGUUUUUUUUUAAAGGGUAAAUUGAAUGCUUAAGCUAACUGACAGAUGAUUGUUGAUGUAUGGAAAUCUUUACCAUCAUACUAUGCUUACAAGUCAGUAACAACAUCCUGCUUACAGGCAAAAAGACUAAAUGUGCUUCCAAGAAAAGAUUAUUGCUAUAUUUGGUGCUGGCCACCAACUGUUGUUUAGCAUCAAAGAGUCAGUCACUUGUGACUUUUUACUCAAAUGCAACAAGCCCAUCAUGUUAAGAUGUGAAAAUAUUAUAAAUCUUAUUACGUAAUAAACUUCUGAGGUGCUGCAACAACAAAUCAUACACAAGAAAUCCAGGACUGGUGAAUUUGUCUUGUGUUUUCUACACUCCUAAAGCGUGAUUUGAUUUAAGUAAGUAAGGCCUUUGUAUUCACUGAAUAUUUUGAAAAUCUAAUUCAGUAGUGAUAAAUCAAGUUGUACAGCUGUAAUGGAAAUGUGAUUUUAACACCAGCUUCUGAUCCAAAUGUAAGAAUCAGGUUAAGCUUUCAUACAGCUCCUUAAAAUUGAGAAAUGUAGUUGAUAUCAAUUUAAUCAUGAAUGUUUUCAGGCUGUUUUAGUGUCUGUAAAAGCUCAGAGUGAGGAGCAGGUGUGUUAUUUGAUAUUUAAUAUAGAUAUGUUGGGUUAUUGGCUGUCCUCUAUGGGGUCUUAAGUUUAACUGCACUAGUUUCUCAACAUGAGUUAGCUGUGGGUUGAUUGCCUUGUCACUCUGUGUGUUUGCUAUAAUACUAAAGAGGCACUCUGUUAUGA